CGCAUGCCAUCAGCCUCACGAGAUUAUUAUCCCUGCAUAGAAAGUGACGAAAGGGAACGACAUCGCCCUGAUCCGCCUGCCGACGAGCCUGACGUUCGGCCCGACCGUCCAGCCGAUCUGCUACCCCACGGCGGGCGAGGUCGGGGAUGCCGUGGCCGGGUGCGACCAGAUGGCUUACGGGUGGGGGGCCCUGUCCUUCAAGGACUUCAAGAAUCACAACCCUGCCACGUUCUUGCAGAAAAUGAUCAUGCGGACGUCUGACCGAGCCUUCAAGGAUUGCUUCGCUAAUGAUGGCAGCGAAUUCUGCGGCUUUGCAACCACUCCGUCCACUUAUGCCUGCGUCGGAGACAGCGGUGGACCCCUGGUGGUGCGAUACAACGGCCGAGCAUUCGUGGCGGGGAUGGCUCACUGGGCCGCGACAUCCACCAAGCUAUGCAAAAGCGCGCUUCGCUACACGAAGGCGUCCCAUUACGCGGACUGGAUCCAGUCCGCGAUCAGCAACUGG